AUGCGUCAACAAUUCGAACCAAUCUCAUCUCGUAAAGGCUGCACUCUCGCGAGAGCCAAUGCGGAACAUGUACCUCACAUUCAAUCAAUGACCAGAGCAGCGUACUCCAAGUACAUCGACCGCAUCGGCAAAGAACCAGCACCCAUGAAAGCCGACUACCACGAGCUCAUCAAGACGCAGCUGGUCUACAUACUUCACGAUGAUGAGAAUGACACAGUAGUAGGCGCCAUUCUACUUCGCCUUGAUCCUUCAGCGAGUGCACUGCACAUCAACAACCUUGUCGUAGCCCCAGAGGCUCAAGGCCGCGGAUACGGUCGAGUCUUGAUGAAAUGCGCCGAGGAUGUGGCGAGAGAUUCGCAAUGCAUAUCUCUCCAACUCUACACCAAUGUCAAAAUGUAUGAAAAUCUCAUUCUGUAUCCCAAGAUGGGGUUCGUCGAGACAGAGAGGAGGACGGAGGAUGGGUACGAGAGGGUGUACUUUCGUAGGGAGCUUGAUGUUGCAUAG